AUGGUGCCUCCUCCAAGCGCGCAGCGGCUGAAGCUGUUCAGGACGCUGUUGGAAGCCGGUGUAAGCAUCAACGAUCAAGCUCUCGACGACCGCACCGUCCUCGGGCAGGCCCUUGACCAGUUGUAUGACUGGGCUGGGCAAUUCGGGAGAGGCCAGCAUGCGUAUCUACAUAUUCGAUCCAGCUGGUCGUCGCUCGGCGAAGAUCGUCUUGCUGGGGAAUUCGACGACUUUCGCAGGGCCUUUAUGGAGCUGGUCAGGAUGCUUCUUGCCGCGGGAGCAGAGAGCAGCACAUGA